GGUGGCUUCUCCGACAUCUUCGCUGCGCCUGGUACCAUCGGCUCACGUCAAGUCCUUCCUCCAGACCGUCCCAUCCGACUUCAAGGGCACCUUCCACCACAGGGGGCGCGGGUUCCCGGAUGUUCCGUCCAGGCGUCAAUUUCCAGAUCGUGCAGACCGGCGGCACUACGUUCACGGGUGGCACCAGCGCGGCCGCGCCCACCUCGCGGCCAUGAUCGCGCUCAUCACGACCGCCUCCUCGCGGCGGCAAGCCCGUGCUCGGGUUCCUGACCCGUUCCUUUACGCCCACCCCGGGGUCUUCAUGACAUCACCGUCGGGCACAACUCGGGCUUCGUUUGCCCCGAGACGUCUGUCGCUUUCGAUGCUGCGCGUGGUUGGGACCCGUUGACUGGACUAGGCACGCCCAACUCCACCCGCCUACUCCGGGCUGCCAUGGACUCCUGAGCGUGCUGUUGCUCAUCCCCGGCACCUUUCGGUCAAGUCUUACAGCGCCUAUCUGCAGCAAAGCGGGGCUUUAGUCAUUCGGGAUGUAUAUUCUCUGAUCCAGUCAUCCAUGCUUACAGUUAUAUGAUCUGGACUGGUUCUAAAUCAAUUUCAAAUGGUCACGCUGCUCUCGUUUUCCAUGGCGUAGUACGACAAUCAGAUAUGCGGACGGGUCCAUCAGAUAAGAAGGCGCGAGCCCAAAAAGCAGGGAGAUUUUACCGGUCGCAUCGAUUCAAUGACGAAUCGGACGGGCCAACCUGACAUAUUUCCGGCAGCAGCAGCACUGGACUCGACAACUGCGUCGCAAUCGCCUCCAGACUCUCGCCUCCAGAAGCGAGAGCGACGGCCAGCAAUUCGUCCGUUGACCAAUUGGGAACAGGCUCAGAUCACGAAAGUUUCACUGCGCCUCGGCUGUUCCUCAUUGGGACCGGGGUCGGUAAUCUAUCUGCCUACCUAUCGGCCUCCCAGGGCCUUACCUACAACUACCCGAACUCACCAUGACGCACCAAAGCAAUCGAAAGGAUGGGUGAGGACUGGGACCUGCGGAGGGCAGGGUUCUCUGCUCUUCGACUCUCUGACCUACCACGAGCAUGGAAUUGAUUGCUCCGCCAGCAAAGCAGCCUUAGAGGCCUUGGCCUAGGGAUAACCCGACUGGAGGACCGAAGCGAUGCUCAACGGUACAUAUUCUACCGGCGGCCUGAAACGAGAUGGUUCCAUUUUCUAUUCCGUACCCUUCGUGAUUCUGGAGCGCAUGGCAUGGUCGUAGAUGCCCUGAGCGGUGAUCUGCACUAGUCUCUCCUCUCUUUGGUGCGUGUCCCUUGGCAGGACACUGCGUACUGCUGUUCAUCUCUCCAGGUCCCAGGACAACGCAUGCUUGCAGAAGAUCCCGUCAGCCGUCCGACGGCUCCAUGCGAUCCCGGCUCUUGACGAUGGGGCAUUCGCCACGGCCCCCUACGACGCGAACGAGACUCUUGAGGUUAAUUUGAUGGAAGAAGCAUGGAGGAUGCGUUUGAAAGAUGAUCUUCGUCGCAAUAUCGACCGAGGUCCUGGGGAGGGAGUAUCUUGUCCCCCUUCAUACGGGCGAACAUGACGGUUGGAACGUGAAGCGCUCUUCACUACCCAGCCUGUCACACACCUUCGAUCCAGCCGGCACUUCAAUCUCUGCAGCGGAUUGCGUAUAAAUGCAACGCCAGGAUUCCGGAUCGCCAGCCCCUCCAAGGCCUUUCUCGUCUUCCCAAUGGCUUUCAGCAGAACUCUGACCGUGCUCGCUGUGGCUGCCGUCGCGGCGGCUAAAAGUGCCAUGGUGCUGCAGGACAGUCGGGCCACCAUCCCUGCUGGCUUCGUCAACCACGGGCCGGCUCCAGCGGCUCAGGAAUUGGAGCUGCGUUUCGGUCUCGCGGGAAACGACGUGAAGGGACUGCAGGCCAAGCUGAUGGACGUCUCGACACCUGGAAGCGCCAACUUCCGUCAGUGGUUGUCGAAGGAGGAGGUCAAGGCUCACAUGGCGCCCUCUGCGGCGACCUUGUCGGCUUUCAACGCCUUUGCGUCCGCCCAUGGGUUGAACGCGACUCAGUUCUCACCAUCCGGAGAUUGGGUCACCGUCACCAUCCCCGUUUCCAAGGCCAACGAGCUGUUCGAUGCCAACUUCGAGCUGUUCUCGCACCCCGACCUAGAUGGCAAGAUCGCGCGCACGAUGUCCGUUUCUCUUCCGAACGAGAUGGUGGGCGUCGUGAACGUGAUUCAUCCCUCGACGGCCUUCGCCCCGCCCCCGUCCAAAAUCGCCCCACCGCUGAUCCAGACCCCGCUGUCCACGCUGAAACGUGACGUCUCGGCAUCGUGCAACACCAGCGAUCCGAGUGGGAUCACCACCCCGACAUGCCUGCAAGAGUUGUACGGCAUCCCGGCCACCCCGGCCACUCAGCCCGAUGGCACGAUUUUCGUGACGGCGUAUGGACUCGAAUUUGCGCAGACGGCCGACCUGCAGUUAUUCUUGCAACAACUGCGCCCGGACAUGUCGUCGUCCACGACCUAUGGUGUUGAGACCAUCAAUGGAGGCCUCGAUGCGCAAGGAGAUGGCUUCGGUGGUGUGGAAGCCAGCCUGGACAUGCAAUACACCGUUGGUGUGGCCACUGAUGUGCCGACAACUUACUUCGGGAAUGGAGACUUGGACGACAUCUUCAGUGCUUUCCUCUCAACGGCGACUUACCUCCAAAACGCCACCAAUCCUCCCUCGGUGAUAACAACAUCGUACGGAGUGGACGAAUCCACCGCGGAUCCCGCUCUUGCAAACUCUAUAUGCGACGCCUACAUGGCGCUGUCCGCUCGGGGCGUGUCUGUUCUUUUCGCUUCGGGAGACGGUGGAGUACGUGGCGGUCACGACGAUUCGAGUGUCUGCAACAACGCGGCUCUCGCCCCGACAUUCCCCUCGGGCUGUCCGUUCCUGACCUCCGUCGGGGCAACGCAGGGUAUUCCGGAGAAAGCCAUCAACUUCACGAGCGGCGGGUUCUCCAACAUCUUCCCGGCGCCGGCCUACCAGACCGCCCAGAUCGCCUCUUUCCUCAAGACGGUCCCGUCUGACUUCAACGCCACGUUCAACCUCACCGGGCGCGGAUUCCCCGAUGUCUCGACCCAGGGCUGGAACUUCGAGGUCAUCGUCAACCGUGUCCCUACUUCGGUGGGUGGCACGAGCGCCGCCUCACCCACGUUCGCGUCGAUCAUCGCGCUGAUCAACGACCGGCUCAUCGCUGCGGGCAAGCCCGUGCUCGGCUUCCUGAACCCGUUCCUGUACGCCAAUCCGGACGCGUUCAAUGAUAUCACCGUCGGCCACAACUCUGGCUUCGUGUGCCCUGAAUCCGGUGUCGGGUUCGACGCUACAACCGGGUGGGAUCCCCUCACGGGACUGGGAACUCCCAAUUUCACGAGCCUCCUUGCCGCGGCGAUGGCCUGAGUGAGCGUGGCGCAGGAUGAGGUUACGAGCGCAUGGUCGACUGGUGCAAUAUCUGAGAACUUGAUUCCACUGUAUGUAGUGUUGAUUGAUCGAGAUAUGUGUGAAAUCACCUCACCGUCUUGGUCAUCCCCCAACUCCUACUCAUCAGGCGACCUGUCACAUCUUUGCUUUCCCGUGAGUCCAGAGCGACUGCACGUGGAUAAUGGGAAGAACGCAGGUUCACAGCCGGCUCUUUGCGCGAAGUUAUGAAAUGUCUGUCUCACGUUUGCUCAUGUAGUUCAAUUGAUCGGACAUCAUCGACCAUCGACUGGCCACCGGUCGCUUUGGAAGGCCGUUGGGAAGUCGCAUUUUGGAAUCGGGCGUAAACAAGUUCCGGGCGCUCGACGUUUGGCUUGGGGUACUCCCUGGUAUUCCAUUUACGCAUCCGAGCGGGCAACGGGGAGCAGCGCGGUCUGGCCCCUAUAAUAACCAUCUAUCAUCCAUGCAAAAUAUGUGUCUUUCGACUACUUACUCAGAUCGACUCAUCGUCUGUCAGUCCAUCGGAUUCCGGCGUACAUGUGCAGAUCUUUACACGUGCGAGCUGACAGCCUCUGGAGGUCGAUCGGAUCUAGUGGUCAGCGGCGAGAUCGCGAAAAUGCGUAGUCCUGUGUGUGUACUACGAUAUUAUACAGGUCAGGACCCCGGCCAGAGCUAGCGAGGGGAGCGGGUGGGGUCUACCUAGGAAUGACACAUAAGCCCUUGGCCACAAGCGAGGGUGAGCUAAUGAUGAUUUAUCCCGGCGUGAUCUGAAGAACAAGAUAUCUUUCAAGUAAAAUGCCAGAGAAAGCGAUCGCACACAGGCUCUUGACGACCAAGUGGGGAGGGAGUUCAAAUCGAUAAAAUAUCACGGAAAAUGAAAGAUUCUAGGCCCUAGACCUGUUGCAAUGUGUCGCUCACGUUGCAAUAAUUUUCGAACAAUUAGGCCACUUACGCAUGUGUGAUGACCCAUCCGCUGAAAUGACACUCUCUCAUUGACAUCUCGAUUGCGGAAUUUGCCGUACCCUCAUCUGUGAAGCAGCACCUUGCAAAAGAACCCACCCGAGUUGAAGAGAUUGACCGUUUCCAGUCACCUCGACUUCCAGAAAGCACCAAGGAGAUGAACCGGAGGAUGCACUUCGCUCCCCUAAACGAUUAGGGGUCAAAGCGAGUGUGUCACAUCAAAG